AUGGCGUUUCGCAAGUUACUGGGGUCAGCAGUGGCUUUGACCUUCAUAUCGGCCGGACUGGGAGCCGACCUUGACGGAUCUCGCUACCUCUGGUAUGACACCCCAGCUUCUCAAUUCAACGCCAGCCUGCCAGUCGGCAACGGCCGUUUGGGUGGGACCCUCUACUGUCUCCCGACUGAGAUUGUUACCUGGAACGAAGACUCGGUCUGGGGCAGUACCUUUCAAGAUCGGGUCAAUCCCAAGUCGUUGAAGUCCUUUCCCGUCAUCCGCGAUCUUCUGGUCGGUGGCAAUGUUUCGGCUGCGGGCAACCUAGCUCUCACCGACAUGACAGGCAUAUCGAUAGAUCCGAGUGCGUAUCAAGUACUGUCCAACCUAUACAUAGACCUCGGCCAGAGGGACGAGGCGAAAAACCUCCUGCGCUACCUUGAUACUCUAGAAGGGUACACAGCAUGCGAAUAUGAUUAUGAUGGUGUCGGCUAUAAACGAGAACUGAUCGCAAGCAGCCCAUCCGGGGUGCUGGGACUUCGGAUCAAUGCUACUACCCCAGGAACCAUCAAUCUGAGCGCACAUUUGCAACGUUCGAAGUAUGUCGAAGCCAACUAUGCGACUGUCGCAAAUGGAGUGAACUCUAUAGUCCUGAAGGCUACCACGGGAGAAGACAAUUACAACACGUUCACUGCGGAGGUGAGAAUUGUUGCGGACAAGGGUAACGUAACUACUAGCGAAGGCAAGUUAUUUGUCUCCGGUGCUACGACGGUGGACUUCUUCUUCGACGCAGAAUCCUCAUAUCGGUACACAAGUGCCAGCGACCAAGAAGCGGAACUGAAGCGCAAGCUAAAUGCUGCGACUGACUUGGGCUAUGAUGCACUGAAGGAGGAGGCAGUCAAAGACCACAAAAGUUUGGCAGAGCGAGUUAGACUGGAUCUAGGAGCAUCCGCUGGCGAUGCUGCCAGCCUUCCGACAAAUGAACGGCAAAUCAACUAUCGGUCAUCCCCAGAUAAUGACGUUGAAUUUGCCACACUGUUAUUCAACUACGGAAGACAUCUAUUGAUUGCAUCAUCUCGCAGUAUAGGGGACCUGGCCUUGCCUCCUGGUCUGCAGGGAAUAUGGAACCAAGACUACAGUCCAUCCUGGGGUGGAAAGUACACCGUCAACAUUAACCUGCAAAUGAACUAUUGGCCUGCAGAAACAACCAACCUGAACGAGCUGACCUCGCCGCUAUGGAGGCUGUUGACCCUCGUGCAGCAACGUGGCGAGGAUGUGGCCGAAAAAAUGUAUGGCUGUCCAGGCUUCGUCCUGCACCACAACACUGACCUCUGGGGCGACGCCGUGCCUGUUGACAAUGGCACCAGUUACUCCAUCUGGCCUAUGGGCGGCGCCUGGCUUAGCCUCCAUAUGAUGGAUCAUUACCGCUUCACCGGUGAUAGAACCUUUCUUGCCGAGAAGGCUUAUCCCAUCUUUAAGAGCGCUUUUGAUUUUUUUGAUUGUUAUCUUUUCGAUCUGGAUGACUAUCUUACCACUGGGCCUUCUUGCUCACCGGAACUUGCCUACAAAAUACCUUCUGGGAUGGCAACAGAAGGACAGGAGGAGGGCCUCACUUUCAGUCCUACAUUGGACAACAGUAUCCUUUUCGAGUUGUUCACUGCGCUGAACGAAACCCACAGCAUCCUUGGAAUCAACGACAGUUUUGCCAGCAAGGUGAAAAAGCAGCUUGGGAAACUAAGACCCCCACAGAUCGGCUCAAAAGGACAGAUACUUGAAUGGAUUGAAGAAUUCACUUCAACGGAUGAGGGCCAUCGCCAUUUUUCACCUCUGUUCGGCUUAUUUCCCGGAACACAACUAACCCCUCUUGCCUCACCCGAGCUUGCCAGUGCCGCGGGCGUUCUUUUCGACGACCGAAUGGACAAUGGCGGUGGUAGCACAGGCUGGUCGCGUGCGUGGUCCAUCGCCUUAAACGCUCGUCUCUACAAAGGCGCCAGCGCCUGGGAGAAUGUCAAAGCCUGGCUACAAACAUUCCUCUUGACCAAUCUAUGGAAUAGUGACCAUGGAGGCUCAACCGUGUUUCAAAUCGACGGAAAUCUAGGAUACACGGCCGCCAUCUCCGAAAUGCUGCUUCAAAGCCAUUUAGGCGUUGUUCAUCUCUUGCCUGCUCUGCCGAGCAGCAUCCCAGCCGGAUCUGUUACUGGUCUUGUUGGACGGGGAGGCUUCGAGGUGGGUGUAUCGUGGAAGGACGGAAGUCUCACAAAAGCGACAGUGAAGUCUCUGCUUGGCAAUGAGCUCACCCUGCUCGUUAAUGGCGGUAAUUCAUUCCGUGUUGACGGUACAGAAUAUCAAGGGCCCAUCACGACGAAGAAGGGGGAGACGUACACCAUUACGAUUCAGUAG